UCGCUCUCCCCGCCGCCGGGUUUCUAUGAUGGGCUCCGUGCUCCCCGCGGAAGCGCUGGUUCUCAAGACGGGGCUGAAGCAGCAGGGGCUGUCCCUGGCCGAGGUGAUCACGUCGGACAUCCUCCACAGCUUCCUCUACGGCCGCUGGAGGAACGUGCUGGGCGAGCAGCUCUUCGAGGAGAAGAGCGGCCACAGUAACCCCAAAACGGCCUUCACGGCGGAGGUGCUGGCGCAGUCCUUCUCGGGGGAGGUGCAGAAGUUAUCCAGCCUGGUCCUGCCCUCGGAAGUGAUCAUCGCCCAGAGCUCCAUCCCCGGGGAAGGCCUGGGCAUCUUCUCCAAGACCUGGAUCAAAGCCGGCACCGAGAUGGGCCCUUUCACCGGCAGGGUCAUCUCGCCGGAGCACGUGGAUCUGUGCAAGAACAACAAUCUCAUGUGGGAGGUCUUCAACGAAGAUGGCACUGUCCGCUACUUCAUCGAUGCCAGCCAAGAAGACCACCGUAGCUGGAUGACCUACAUCAAGUGUGCCAGGAACGAGCAGGAGCAGAACUUGGAAGUGAUCCAGAUAGGAAACAGCAUAUUCUACAAGGCCAUUGAAAUGAUUCCCCCAGACCAAGAGCUGCUGGUCUGGUACGGGAACUCCCACAACACCUUCCUGGGGAUCCCGGGCGUGCCGGGCUUGGAGGAGGAGCAGAAGAAGAACAAGCAUGAGGACUUCCACACGGUGGAGACGGGCGCCAGCACGGCCGGCCGCAUGCGGUGUGUGAUCUGCCACCGCGGCUUCAACUCCCGCAGCAACCUGCGCUCUCACAUGCGCAUCCACACCCUGGACAAGCCCUUCGUCUGCCGCUUCUGCAACCGCCGCUUCAGCCAGUCCUCCACACUCCGCAACCACGUGCGCCUGCACACCGGGGAGCGCCCCUACAAGUGCCAGGUCUGCCAAAGUGCCUACUCCCAGCUCGCUGGACUCCGGGCCCACCAGAAGAGCGCAAGGCACCGACCUCCCAAUGCCUCCCUGCAGUCUCACUCCCCAGCCUUGCCCGGGCCCCACCCUGCCUCCCUGGCACAUCACAUACCGACAAUGGUGCUGUGAGCCACUGUCGAGAUGCCGGGUUCCGGGCAGCCACUUCCAGCUGUCGCAGACUGGCAUUGAUCACGCUGAUGAAUUUGUUGGCAUCAACCCUUCAGGGAGGGGUGGGGGGGCUGGAGGCAGAGAGGACGGGGCAGGGCCUAUUUCUUAAUUAAACAGUUUGCUGACAAAGUGGCACCUCUGUUAAAGCAUUGCCAUUCCCUUGGGGCUUAGGGUGUUAUCUUACCAGUGCAAGACAUGAGCCCAGCCCUGUGAUCCAUUCAGUGCAUCUUCUCCUUGCUGAUCAGUCUGGGGCAGGGAGUGUCAGGGCUCCAACCAUAGAGGAGGCUGUGUGAUAAGCUGCAUUGUCCCGGGUGUUUGGCAUCAGGCAGUGAGUGGCUUAAAGGCAUUUGGGAGCGUAAAUACACUGAGAAUGAAAAAUAACAUGAACCCUAAUGUGAAGACACCGGUAUAUGGAGUAGUGGAGGGUGGGGAAGAGCCAAAAUGCUGAUUUGUGAAACACUUUCCAAGGGCUUUCGUGUUUAAUUCGGUUGGAGGAAGAGAUGAGAAAUUGCUUUCCCCUCUAUUGAGGUUAGCGCAGUUGGCAGGCCGGAUUCACCAUCGGUGGGAGCGGGCACCAGUCUGUUGAAGUCAAUGCAGCUGUGCCUGUUUACACCAGUGGUAAUUUUGGCCCCAAAGCUGUGUCUGCACUGGGGAUAUUUACAAAACCCUGUUCUGAUGUUAGUGCUGGUGGGAGCAAAGUACAGACAAAAAUCAUGGGGCCAGGCCCCAUUUUUGCGACCAUGUCCGUUAGGCUUGGAGUCCAUGCUAGACCCCCAGCUGGUCCCCAUGCCAGUUCAGCUGGUCCACCACAUCCCACGCCUGGCUGGUCUGCCGUGCCAGAGCUAGCACCGGUGGGAAGGAGCUUUUGUAAGUUUCCAGUCUCAAGUGUAUUAGUUCAAAAACCACACCCCUGGUUUUUCCAUGUCUAAACUGUGCACGUUAAGACCUCUGAAAUUGCACACAGAUCUGAGCUUCUGCCCAGGCAGACAGGGGACAUGCAAAGUGGCAACCGAGCAACAGGCUGUUGAUGAAAAUUUGCCCCAUCAUGCGCUCAGGAAAUGGAGAAUCAGGCAAGUCGCCUGGUGUCACCAACAGCGUUUUUCCAGGAUGUGUGUAAGCUGGGGUAGUUAGAAGUGCCCCCUCACACACUCAGCUCACCUUGCCAAGGCCACCUCCCACCUUGCCAAGGUGUUCCUCCUCCAGCUCUAAAGUAGGGCUAGUGGUCCUUCAGCAGAUCCAGAUCUCUAGGGUCUAUUUAAAGUCUUACCUCUACUGCCCUCUGGAGACCAGAGAGAAAUAAUUCCUUUCCCCAAACCACACCCAGAAUGCAGUCCGGAGCGCCCCCUUGAGUCCUGCCACAGUUAUGAACCCAAUAAGAAGGGUUUUGUGAAAUAAA